CCUGGCCCCAAUUUCCCGCCCUUGGACUCCGCGGAGGUGGAUGACAUAAGCAGCUUGGAUCGGAGUUCGAUGUGCCUGAGCUUGCCACUCUCAGAACUUGUUUUAUACCCAGUUCACGAGACCCUUUUUUUGAUCAUCAGUGACCUUAUUAGGUGUCAAGUAUAAGGGGCUGUCGAAAAUGCCAGGAUCCCAAAUUUGGAGUGCUCAGUUGUGUCGAGUGCCCGUUCGUGCAUCGAGGUGCGCAGCUCCCGCAACUCGAUACCUUUCGGCGUCAUGUCAACCAAGACAACAGAACACGGCGACUUCCUCGGCGAAGAGCCAAGGGAACCACAAGAAUGAUACCGCACCAGCAGAGGAGAAGGAAGAAGGUGCCAUGGCCCGUCGGUUGUCGCAGAUGACCGAGGAUGCCAUGCUGGAAGGUGGCCGAUCAGCGCGCCGCAACCUAGAACAGGCGGGGUUCUCGGAGGACUUGAAGAGACAACUGGAGGAACGAGUGAAAGCAGCUUCAUUCAAGAGUGAAUAUGCCGCUGCUCACUCGAUUCUGGACAUGCCGGUCAGCGCUGGCCAAGGAACACGCGAGACAGCCGCAGCUCAAGCAUGGACAGGCACAGAAAGCUUUCAAGACACAGCCCUCCGCAUGCUCGACGAUGCCAGCAAACCAAUCCGAACACCCUACAAAAUCCCCCAACCCGUGAACCUCCAACCCGCCGCCAAACCCAAGCACUCGACCGGAACCCGUCUCGCCGCCGCCAAAGAGCGCACGUCCAAAUACGCCUUGAGUCAAGACCCAGGCCUAUCCGAUGAUCAACGCGCAGCCAUGCGACGAGAAAUGAGAGAAAAAUUAAUGCCCGGCGCUCACUCCAUGCCCAUAUCCAUCCAAGGCCUAUCAUCCUUGGCGAACGAGCGAAUCGAAGACGCCAUUGCACGCGGACAAUUCGAUAAAAUCAAACGCGGCAAGGGCGUCAAUACCGAGACGGACCAUAAUGCGAAUAGUGCUUUCAUCGAUACGACGGAGUACUUUAUGAACAAGAUUAUUCAGAAACAGGAGAUUGUCCCGCCGUGGAUUGAGAAGCAACAGGAACUUGCGUCCGAGUUGAGUCGGUUUCGACAGCGGAUACGUACGGAGUGGAGGAGACAUGCUGCGAGGUUGAUUGCGAGUCAGGGUGGUUCUUUGGAGGCGCAGAUGCAGCGGGCUAGGGGGUAUGCUGCGGCCGAAGCGCGGUUAGCUCAGAGAGCGAAGGCAGAAGCUUUGCUGAGGGAUGAUAGAAGUGAUGAGUCGGUUUCUGAGAUCGCAUCGGAUGGACGGAUUGUGUCGAGGGCUGCAUCGCCAGAAGCUUCGGUCGAACAGAUUAAUGAGGAGGCGGAGGGUACUCUCCAUCUUCCGCCGCUGCGAGAUGAAAGUUAUCUCGCCAUUGAACGCUCCUAUCAUGAACUCGCUGUGAAACAACUCAACGCUAUCGCCCGUUCAUAUAAUCUACAGGCGCCACGCUCGGCUCAGAAACCAUAUGUGAAUCUUGAGCGGGAGCUCAAGUCUUGCUUUGCUGAUGUCGCCCCACAACUCGCAGAGGAGAUACGACGGCGUGCCACAGAGCGUGCACGCCCAUCGUUCCCUGUGGCUGCUCCGAGGUCGAGCGUGCUCGGCUCGCUGGGCACGGCACAGUCGGUGCAUGUCUACGAGGAAGAUAAGGAGAAUGGAUAUGGAAUGAAGGAACUCUGGAGAGAUUUGUUCUCUAAAAAGUGAUAAGAAAUAAAGAACGGCAAUAAAACAGGAGGGGUCUUAGAAAAGGUGCCAUGUGUAUGAUAUCAGUCGGGACUCCCCUCUCCUCCAGGCAACCAAGGUGAAGAUGUACUUGUAACGCGAUAAAUCGACUCUCGUUUCCAGAAGUCUUUCGUGAAAGUGAAUUCUCCAUGGUGUCUCGAGUAAUAAUGGAACACUCAAACACUCCAAAGCGGAACGUUGUGUCACUCCCCCCGUUCAAUGUCGAUGCCUUCCGAGUCCUGUGUCUUGUGAGUCGAACCCAAAUUACGGAUCUCUCUGUAUACUUCGACAAGCCAAGAAAUGUCGCGGACGCUCGACAGCACCAUUUCAAACGUUAUGAGCCCGCAAAUGCACGCACCAAUGCACCCGCAAAUGAAUCACGCCACGGUCUCGAAGUUCAGCUCCCAGAUUCCAGACACCAGAUGGGAGCACCCAUCCAGACAAGAGGUACACAUGAUGUGAGAAUUGUCAGAUAAUGAAAAAAAACCACGGAGGAAGCCCAGUGAAAGGGCUCCAAAGCCUGUAGAACAGUAGCUCAAUGCAGCCAGAUAUCCUGGCGUCAAGACUCGGGAGAAUAUCGAGAGAGAGGGAGGAGGAUUCCUGCGAUAUGACGCCAACUGCGGUGGGAUUGGGGUGGACGAUAACAAAGCGUGAAGAGGCUGUUUGGUGUAACAGAAUUGGCCUUCGCUAGAGAGGCGCAGGGCUGAUCGAGGCACAGAAUGAAGGUAGUGCAAGUGGGGACGCAAGCAGGAUUCAAGUCAAAUUGAAGGGCGAGUCCUCUUCACCCUUCAAGAAGAGUUUGGAGUGACUCCGAUACUAUGCAGACGAGAUGGCCUUGACUCUUUCUCUCUUCAGGUAUGGAUGACGCGCAAAACGAGCUCGUCUGUAUCUCAAUAAAAGGAAGACACUGAGAACGACUGCUGGUAGGAGCAAGAGAGUUGUCCAGAGAAGUGAGGUUCCGUAUGUUGCCAACGGCCUCGCAAUGGAGCCCGAACGACACUCAAGGUUACUGCACUGAACUGUGUCGAGGUCUCGUCUCAAAGGAAUAAUGAACUGAUGCCAGGGAAUCUUGGGCCAGUUGCCGGGUGGCCAGCCAGCCUGACCAAUGUCGGAAUCACCAAAGGGCAGUCUGGAGAUUAACUCGACGUCCCCUACCCAAAUUUCGUUGAUGGCGUUUCCUUGUUCGUAGAAAUUUCCUGACUUGACCCCUUUGACAACGGAGACGUUGUGGCCCAUGACUGAUGGGGAGAAAAUGAGAUGCAACGGGUCAUGGCAGAAGGAAAGAAGAAGAGCGAGGAAGAGGAGGAGGAUGGAGAAAUGUGGGCAUUCCCAACGCAAAAAGCAGGAAGGCGCGCCGUGUGAAGAAGGAGCGAU